CUCCAUCAUCAUCACAACCCAACACCAAAGAAGCAAACUUCACACCAGCAGAGCCAAAAAAAAAAAAAAGACCUAAGGGGAAAACCCCCAUUAGCUAGAGAUUCAUCGUUCUUCCUAAUGGCAAGAGGAGCAAUGGAGCCACUGAUAGUAGGGAGGGUGGUGGGGGAAGUGGUGGAGAUGUUCAACCCGAGCGUGAGAAUGACUGUCACUUACAACUCCAACAAACAAGUCUCCAAUGGCCACGAGCUCAUGCCGGCCCUCGUUGCUUCCCGCCCCCGUGUCGACAUCGGCGGCGACGAUUUGCGCACUCCUUACACCCUCCGGUUUUGGUGGGUGGCGAAACUGAAGAUCAUGACCGACCCGGACUAUCCAAGCCCUAGUGAUCCUUACCUCAAGGAGCAUCUUCACUGGAUGGUAACCGACAUUCCUGGCACGACGGAUGCUUCAUUCGGGAAGGAAAUGGUGAGCUACGAGGUGCCGCGGCCGGUUGUCGGAAUACACCGCUACGUCUUCAUCAUGUUCAAGCAGACAAGAGGGAGGCAGACGGUGAGGGCGCCGCCGUCAAGGGACUGCUUCAACACCAAGAAGUUCUCUCAGGACAACGGCCUGGGGCUCCCUGUUGCUGUCAUUUACUUCAACUGCCAGCGGGAAACUGCAGCAAGAAGAAGAUGAAAACAUAGCUUAUAUAGUUCGUGCAAUGCUUACAAAUAAAUGAAAUAAUUGGUUAUGAGUAAUUAAUGAAUAAUUAUAUAGAUCCCGAUUAUUAUCAUGUCAAGUGUACGUCUGAUCUAGAUGGACAUGCACGUUCCAAAGGUUAAUCACUACGUACAUUUAUCGACUGAUAGCUUAUCAGAGCAUCUCCAUCCUUGUAAUUAAUUAGCAAUUUCUUAUAUAG